AUGUCUCGUGGUGGACGUGCAGAAAACGGAGGAAUGAGGAAGAGGCGCAGUGAAAGAAGCCGCUCGCGCAGUCCUCAAAAAGGCGAUCCCAAAAGAAUUGCAGAUCGCUUCUACAACAGUUUAGGUGGACGUGAUGGUGACAGACGCAGUGGCGGUGGGAUGGGCGAACGCAUGGUGUUUAUCACUAAUCUUGCUUAUGAGGUUCGCUGGGUGGAGCUGAAGGAUAUUCUGCGUGAGCACGGUGGAGAGGUUGUUUUUGUCGAGCUGUUGGAAGAUCGCAACGGACAUCCGAAGGGGAAUGCGAUCGCCGAGUUCAAGACGAAGGAAGGCGCAGCAAACUGUAUUAAGAAUCUUGAUGGCUUCGAGAUUCGCAAGAGAAAAAUUAUUACGAAACCAAUCCGCGAUCCAGCUGCAUUUUUACGUAAGGUACAAGAAGAAACGGGUGUUGAUUAUUUGGCUAAGUGUGGAGGCUCUGCACUUGCUAGGGUUCGCGAUGACCGCCCCGCUCGAACGGGCAGCUACGAUCUUUUCGGAUUGAGUCCGGAGUUCCUGCGUCAGCACAACAUAGAUCCUCCUCUAUGUGAUCGCGUUUUCAUUGCAAAUCUGUCAUUCAAUGUUGGAACUGGACGGAUUUAUGAUAUAUUUGGCCUCGCCGGUAAUAUUGUGUGGAUGGAUCUUCAUAUGGACAAGGAAGGGAAAAGCAAGGGUGUAUGUAUUCUUCAAUUUUCUCAUCCCAUCGAGGCAGUGCAAGCAAUUUCAAUGUUCCACGGACAGAAGCUUUACGACCGUGUAUUGGUUGUGAAAAUGGACAGAUAUGAAAAAAGUGAACCUCCUCGUGAAGGCGCUCUUCCACGUGGACUUGAGGCUAUUGGAGCUGGAUUGGGAGCAAAUGGAGCCCCACUUACAGACGUCGCCUCUGUGGUUGCAUCUCUUCGCGGAGACGGAGCAGUGCCCGCUGCCGCUAUAGCCCCCGUCCCGGCCCAGUCUAGUCAGAUGAUGCUUUUCUUGGGGCUGAUUCGCGAAGAGCUACCACCUGACUACACAUGGCAAAUUGUACGUGAUCGAGUCCAGCAAUUCGGAGAUGCGGAGUCUGUUGAGAUGAUCGCAGCAGGGGUUGCACGCGUCCGCUUUGCUCUCAUUCAGGAUGCUGAGCGCAUGCGUGGUGCUUUGACUGGAACUACCGUUGAAGGACGCACAAUUUCUGUUGAGUACAUGCAUUAA